UGAUGAGUGCUCCAAUUAAGAUAGUUAUGUUAGGGGAAGGUUAGAUUAGAUGAAUAAAUGAUUAGGUAGAGUAGGGAAGACAUGUCUAACUUUAAAAUAUUGUAAAGAUUAAUUCAAUGAGAAUCAGCAAUCUUCUAUAGAUGCUACAUUCUUUGAGAAGAGUGUAGAUUUAGGUGGUGGCAAGAAUAUAACAUUAGCAAUUUGGGUACUUUGACGAUUUAAUAAUAGGAUACUGCAGGACAAGAAAUAUUUCAUGCUUUGACUACAGUUUAUUAUAGAGAUGCAUAUGGAGCAGUUUUGGUAUAUGAUGUAACAUAUAAGGAAUCAUUUCUAAAGGUAUAAGUGUUGUGUAUUUUAUUUUAGGUUGAGAAAUGGGUAGAGGAAUUAAGAUCAUUUGGAACUAAGGAUAUUUCUAUUGUUGUUGCAGGUAAUAAAAGUGACAUGAAAAAUCAGAUGUAGAUUGAUAAGAAUGAAGUAGAGGAAUAUUGUAAGAAAAUUGGAGCUAAACAUUUCUUUACUUCAGCUAAAUCAGGUAUUGGCAUUAAUGAAAUGUUUAAAACUUUGGCAGAGAGUAAACAUUUACAUAUAAUAUAAGGUAUCUCAAUCAAAGUUUAAGCAUAAGAAAGUAAAGGUAAGAAAAAGAAAGGAUUAUAAAUUAAAGAUGUUAAAGACACUAAGAAAGAAGACUAAAAAAAAGAAAUCUGUUGUUGA